GUUUAACAUCUGGCUAACCCACGUAUUUGACCGCCUGAUGAGAACUUGGGAAUUCCGCUAGCGUUGUUUAGUAUUGCUCGCCACGAAUUGUUGCAUUCAGUUUUCAGAAAUCAAUCUCCAUCCUAUACGCAUAAAAUUUUAUGUUUGGAAAAAAUCUAUCAAUGAAUAUUAUGAACAACAAAUGAUUCCGAGCUUUAGAUAUUCAGUUCACAGACCCGUUCAACCGGUCCUGGGUAUGUAAUCUAUUGUUUAUUUCGUUGCUAAACCAAUAACAUCCAAGUAGUGAUGAUCUAGUGUUCUGUGUCAUUGAUGAGACCGUCAGUAUUGUUUAAAUUACCAUCAGACUUUCACUACCAAAAUGGACUGCCACCCCCUAGUUCUCCUCUUAAUCACCCUUCUUCACAUCUCCCCUCUCCUGUCUCAAAGUAACCCCCUCAUUCAAAGGCUGAACCCAGACAAAGAACAGUACCAGAGAUACACUCAGGCGCUGGAAGCCAUAUUUGGAAUGGGGAUCAGACUUCAGGUCCUGUUGGAUAAGCACGAUAGUCCCAAUUUUGUUGUAUCACCACUCAGCACGGUAGUGGUUAUAGGACAAUUGAUGUUAGGAGCCGAGGGCGAAUUUCAAGACCAACUUUACGACUUGCUAUCACUACCUAAGCCUAAAGUAGUUCCACAAAUGAUUUACCAAUAUGGUAAAGGAGGUAACACCUCAAGCUCCCUACGUUAUGCAGAGUUCCAUUUACAACUUUCAGGGUUGGUCAAAGCGUUACAAAAAAGAAGAGGAGAUGAACUCUUUAUAUUGGACCAAGACAAUGCGUUGUUCUACAGUGUGGACAUACACUUGAAAGACCAGUUUCAACGGUAUAUGGAGAAAUUCUACGAGACGGAAAUUAAGUCUUUGGAUUUUAGACAGGAUACAAAAAGUAUUAUCAACCAUUGGGCAUCGAGUCACACCAAUGGGAUCAUCAACAACAUUUUGUCAACAUCCCCACCUCCCUCAACUACCUCAAUCUUGCUCAACUCCAUCUACUUCAAAGCCGAAUGGGAUCAACCGUUCUCAGAUCAGUUCAAUCGAGUAGAUAAAUUCUAUGUUAGCGAAAACAGGACCGUAGACACAACGUAUAUGUUAGGAACCCUGGAGCAAAUCCCUUUCGUUGAAAUGAACGAUUUCCGCUUACUUUCUUUACCCUAUAAGGAUAAGGAGCUGGGUAUGUACAUUUUAUACCCUACCCAAAACCAUGAGCACAAGUACAACAUGAAGAAAUUUGUACAGAAACUACGGCCAGAGUUGCUCUAUCAAGCACUUCUAGGUUUGAGAGGCCACGAUGUUAUAGUGAAGAUACCGAAGUUGUCUUUAUCAAAUACUUUAAGCAUAUUAGAGCCUCUCCAAGAGUACGCCCAGUUCAAAAAGGAGCAGCAAGCAAAAGCGACAAAAGCUAGGAUAUCUUUCAGAUUUAACUCCCCGAGACUUGACGAUGGAGCAGAAAUCAUAAAAGAGAUUCAAAACGAGUUGAAUAAAGCAAAGAACUUCACGGUCCCACGUUCGUACAAGGAUAUCAUCCUGACAGGAGCUGCAGAUGAAUCAAAGCUAAGAGUUUCGAAUAUUGUUCAACAAAUGGUGUUUUCGAUCAACGAGAAAGGAACAGAAGCUGCUGCUGUUACAGCGGGCGUUACUGAUUACAUUGGAGGACAGAAGGUUGUGGUAUUGAACAGGCCUUUUUGCUUUUUCAUUAGACACGAAGCUACUUCAGCUACCAUAUUUUGGGGGACGAUCAGUGACCCGUCGAAAAGUUGAGGCAGUGCUUAAGUUGUUUAGAAUAAAUGGGGAAUUUUACAAAGCUCAAUUAUAUUGUAUGUACACACUUGCGCGUGUUUUUGAGUUGUUCGAAGAAUAGUAUGAAUGCUGAAUAAGGUCCAUUUUAAAAGUUGUAUAUAUAGACACCUAUCUAUAUGAAUAAAGCAGAUAAUAGACAU